UGGUAAAUUGGUAAUAGAAAAAGAUCCCCAUUCGAAAGCCAUAGCCCCAUAAAUAAAGAGCUUCUUAAAUUGAUCUUGGCAUUGAUCAAAAUCAUAUACAGUCUUUCCCCUUUUUUUCUUCAUCCUUCACUCUCUAGACACUACCUUUCAUUUUUUUGCUCCCCCCUCGUGAUGUUGUUGUACCGUGGUCAAAAGACAUGCCAAUUUUCUCCCAUAAGGUCAUUCAGAAGACACAAAAACCAAUUAACAAAACACCAAAAAGAGCUCAGCUGCACCAACUCAGGCUGCCUGUUUUGCAUCAUGAAUGAACCGGACCCGUCCCUGAGAAGAUCCGGACUAUCCAGAUGCUUCAGCCGAUUACAUCAGCAUCAAGUAGAGGAUGACGACGACGACCUAGUCAUCACCUUAACUGGGCUGUGGAAAAUCGCGCUGGCUAACCCGGAUGACCCCGAAUUCCCGUCUCUGGGUAUUUUUGAUUGCAUGGCCAAACUCAUCCACAAGUGCAUCAAAGGCAGGAAAUGGUUUGCAAGAGGGAACAACGUGUGCAUCCCUUAUUACGCCGCGCAUAUAAUCGGAUCUUACACUAUCAAUAAGGAAAGGUUGGCGGAAAUUGCAGUUAAAUCCAACGUUAUUCCGCCACUUAUGGAGCUUAUGAAGGGUAAGUUUACUUGGGUUGAGCAGAGGGUGGCUGUUAGGGCCCUCGGACACAUUGCUAGCCAUAAAAGCACUUUCAAAUCCAUUGCGGUUCAUGAAGAAGAAAUUAUACACUUAGCAGUGAAGAUAUCUUCAACAUGCUUUGAUACUGUCUGCAGGGAAUUUCUUCGCUUGAAAGUUGAGGAAAGAGUGGGAUAUCACCGUGAUCUCAUGAGUAGAGGUCAACAAUAUGGAGGUUUGGAAAUGGAGAAUCAAAAGGCAGAGGAAUGGGCUAGUCAACUCCAGUGCUGGUCUCUCUAUCUUCUCAACUGCUUCACUGUUCUACGAAUUAGUUCUAUUGAUUUGAUCUGUAAGAAAGACUUCUUAGAAGAACUCUGCGAUAUGUGGGGAGGUUUCCAGAGUAUCAGCUUAUUUUCUGGUGUUUGCUUGAUAAGGAGCAUUUGUUUAACUAAAGAUGGGAGAAGAAGAAUUGCCAGUUCGAGAGUAGUUAUAGAAGGUCUUUGCAACUUGUCUAGGUCUUCUGAUGAAUGGCAACGCAAGGCAGUUGAGAGCAUUCUGUUACUUCUUCAGGACCAAGAAACCAGAGCUGAAGUGAUAGAUCUUGUUCUUCCAUACAUGGUUGAUUUGGUUGAACUUAAAAUCGUCAAAGGAGACAGGGUGGCCAACGUAGGAGAGACAAUCACAAGAUUGCUUCUACAAGAUUACGGGAGAAUCAAAUUCGGUCAAAUGGCUUUGAAGAAACAGAAAUCUCAGAGUGCCCUUGAAGAAAUAUGGAACUUAAAAGUGGAGAGGAUAAAAAGGGAUGACAUGAUAUCUGAAGAAGAAUUCAGAGAAAGGAAAAUCAAGGUAGGAUUGUUGAAACACCAAGGAAACCAGAAAUUCUGGGCAGGAGAUGCCGAGGAAGCGGCAGAAAAGUAUACAGAGGCUCUGGAUUUGUGUCCAUUGAAAAUGAAGAAAGAAAGGAUUGUUCUGUAUAGUAACAGAGCACAGUGUUAUUUACUACUUACAGAAGCAGGAUUAGCCAUUAGUGACGCAACACGAGCCGUGUGUUUAUCUGGUUCCGUGAGGCCUCAUCUGAAGAGUCUAUGGCGAAGAUCGCAGGCGUAUGAUAUGUUAGGAAUGGCUAGACACAGCUUGAUGGAUUGUUUGAUGUUCAUCAAUCACAAGACCCAAUUCAAAACCAAGAGAAACAUAAAGGUUCCAUACUACGCAGUCCGCAUGUUAGACAAGCAAAUCAAUGCCACAAAAGCGGUAUGUGCCACAAGCAAAUCUGAGCAGGUUGGGACAAAGAGAUAGGUUAGGGUUGUUGUACUCAGAUUCCUGUAUAAAUCUGGUUUUUAAGUGUCAGGACUCAUUGUGUUCUUAGCUAUUACUCUACCGGUCUACCCAUCCUAAUCAUUUUGGGACAAAGGAAGUGAAUGCAUCGGAACACUCUAAAUCUAAUAAAACUUAAAGGGCUUCAAUCCUUCAAAGCCUUUGUUUAUCCACGCGAUUACUAAUGUGGGG